AUGUUUGCUGCUGAAUUAAUUGCAUGUGAAAAUACAUUAAAAGGUAUUAAAAAUAAAAGUCUCUUCUUGAUGAUCAUUGAUAAAAUAUCGUGGAGAAUGCCAUCAGUUUGGAGGCCAGGUUGGCGAACUUUGGUGGAUGAUACUCUUCAUGUGACAGAAAAGGACUUGAGCUUAGCACAUCUCGUGUCAUAUGUGCGUAAGAGAACGAGGGAAUUGUCAAACCUUUCUGAUCCUGAACCAAAUAAUGUCCAAAAACCUAGAGAAAUUACAAAUAAACCAAUGAAACAACACAACUCAUAUUUUACUACAACUGUCUCCGCUGCUGACAAACCAAUUCCUAAAUGUUUCAAAUGCAGUGGCACUCAUUUCCUGAAUCAAUGUCAAGAGUUUAGGAAUAUGAAACAUGCGGACAGAGAAAGAUUAGUGAGGGAUUUGAAAUUGUGUUUUUCUUGUCUACAAAAAGGUCACUGGUCAAGGCAGUGCAGACGAGAGAACCCAUGCAGAGUUCCAAAUUGUAAGCGGAAGCAUACUACGCUUUUGCACCCCCCAGAUAAUGUAAAUGCGGAUGAGCAAUCUGAGCAACGUAAGCCUGCUAAUGAUGCUGCUGUAUCAAAAAAUACUAAUGAAAACAGAGAAGAAAAUAAAUUUAGUGCGUUUGUGAAUUCUGCCAGUGAAGCAAGAGUUUUAUUAAACGUAAUUCCAGUCAAUGUACGUGUGAAGGGACAGAAUGAUGUCGUGUUAACAAAGGCCUUUUUCGACAUUGGCUCAACAUGUUCUUUUAUAAGUGAAGCACUCAUGCAAAGAUUGAAUGCUAUCCCAUUUUGA